UGCUUUCUGGCAUGCCAAACGCCGCCACCUUCCCGCUUGUUUUUGUUUCUAUCCGUCCUUGUAUAAGCCUGCCCAGCCACCCACCAUCUACUAUCUAUAAAUACAAUUAGAUCUUACUUCUACACUCCAAGCUUAUAACUCUCUCUUUGUUAUACAUAUUUUAUAUCAAUGGCCACCUCUAAAGUAGUAGUUGUAUCACUUUUCCUCUCUCUACUUGUUCUCUUCCACGCCCAAGCAGCGGAUCAAAGCAAUGAAGUGACUAGAAACUCAGUCUCAGACAGCACGUCCAGCAUCACCAUGGAUUGUGGAGGAGCGUGCGCUUCUAGGUGUGCAUUGUCAUCAAGACCAAGGUUGUGCAAGAGGGCAUGCGGGACAUGCUGUGCCAGGUGCAACUGUGUGCCCCCGGGCACUUCUGGCAACCAAGAUGUCUGUCCUUGCUAUGCCAACAUGACCACCCGUAACAACAAGCGCAAAUGCCCUUAAAUAAGAGACACCUGCAAAUAUAGUACGCGUUUUACUCGAAUCGUGUGAGGCACCUUGUACGGGUAACGGGGCCACACCUGGGUUAUCAAAAAAUAAAAAAAUAAUAUUAUAAAUUUGAACUUAUAGCAAGGGGCAAAGAAGGAAAAAGAGUGGGAGGGUCAAAAAGCUUAUGUUGUUAAAAUAAAGGUGUGGAGAGCAAAAUAAUGUGUUUAUCUUACUUCUUGUAUGGUAAUAUGUAAUUUACUUUCUAUUUUUUUUUUUUUUUUGAACUUAUAGCAAGGGGCAAAGAAGGAAAAAGAGUGGGAGGGUCAAAAAGCUUAUGUUGUUAAAAUAAAGGUGUGGAGAGCAAAAUAAUGUGUUUAUCUUACUUCUUGUAUGGUAAUAUGUAAUUUACUUUCUAUUUUUUUUUUUGUUUUGAAAAAAAAAAAAAAAAAAAGGUGAAAGUGAAAUAUGUUAUUGUUGUUUUUCUCCAAUUUUAAUAUUGACUUGUCACAAUAGUGUUCAUUAGGUAAUGCAUGUAUAUUCAUCAAAUCAUGUAGUAGAAAUAUUUAUGAGU